AUAUAUUGUAAAAUGGGAGGUUUUUAGAAGUACCCAAUUCCUCGUUAUGUGUUGGUAUUAAUGAUCUCAUGAAUGUCUCUAGAGUGAUGCCUGGCUUUACAAUAGACAAUGGUUUAGACACUCAGUGCAUAUAGCAAUUCCAACAUUAAUUCUCUCAUUCUUGAUUUACAGAGGAGCAGUAACUUCGUAGACACAGAAAAUGGGAGAAGACUAUUAUGUUGAUCCACAGGAUUAUCAAUCACCAAAGAAAUUGAUUUUCUGAGACUUAAAACACAAAUAUAUAAAUAUAUAAUC